AUGUGGCUUCUUCUGCUUUUGGUGAUAAUUUUGUUCGUUGCAAUAGUCGCUAUCAUCGGCGGAGAAUAUUGGUCAUUGUACGGCAAAAAUGAAAUUCGACGGUUCGGUGCAGUGGUCGGAAUGUUCCGAAACUGCAGUCGGAUGUUCCGGAUCUGGCUUGGACCGUUUAGCGUUUUGUGUACGAACCAUCCUGAAGUCAUUCGACAAAUACUUUCUAAUCCAGACUGUAUGGAAAAGCCGUUCUUUUAUCGUUUUACUGGGCUGGAAAGUGGAUUACUUAGUGCUGAACAUCACGUAUGGAGAAGUCAGAGAAAACUUUUAAACUCUACGUUCAACUUGAAGAUUCUCAAUAGUUUUAUUCCUAUAUUCGAAACCUGCUGCAAGAAAAUGAUUCAGAAUAUAAACCAACUGGAAAAUGGGUCCACAAUUAACAUUUUGAACUACGCUUCUAAAUGCACGCUGGAGAUGGUGUGCGGCACAACUAUCGGAAUGGAUGAUGGGUCCACAAUUAACAUUUUGAACUACGCUUCUAAAUGCACGCUGGAGAUGGUGUGCGGCACAACUAUCGGAAUGGAUGUAUUAGAAAGCAACAACAAAGAAGUGAUGCUUGGUUAUAUUCAACGCCUAUUUAAUCUAGUCUCAAAAAGAAUGUUAAAUGUGCAUUUGUAUUUCGAUUGGAUCUAUUGUUUUACCAGAAAUUAUUGGGAAGAGCGAAUGCUUAGAUCAGUUUGCAUGCAGACAGCUGACCAGUUGAUCAUCGAAAAAAGGCGAUUCAUUUCCGGCAGCACAAAUUUGAACAAAAAUAUGACUAACAACAUGUACCUAGAGAUCCAACCCAAAAUACCCAAAAUAUUUAUUGAACAACUGUUGGAAGAUUCGUUUAGCAGCAGAAAGUUUACCAGCAAGGAAAUCUAUCACAACGCAUACACAAUCAUACUUGCGGGCAAUGAUACAUCAGCACUAUCAGUAGCUUAUGCUUGUCUUUUCUUAGCCAUGUACCCUCACAUUCAGGACAGAAUUCACGCCGAAAUUCAACACUUUUUGCCAAGUGAAGAUACACCAAUUACCCCCGAAAAUCUAAAGCAAUUGGAAUAUAUGGAUAUGUUCGUCAAAGAAACAUUACGACAUUGUCCGGCUAUUCCGGUAAUUGCGAGGAAAGCCAUCAAAAAUGUUUCAAUCGACAAUCAAGUGAUUCCGAAAAAUAGUAUUAUUAUAAUGUCGCUCUACACGCUGCACCGGCGAAAGGAUAUCUGGGGUCCAAAUGCAACUAACUUUGAUCCGGAGAAUUUCCAUCCCGAUCGGAUAAAACUCCGUGAUCAGUAUGCUUAUCUGCCGUUCAGCGGAGGUCCUCGUAAUUGCAUAGGUUGGCGAUAUGCGCUGAUGAACAUAAAAGUGAUGCUUGUUUAUUUGGUGCGCAAUUUUAGUCUUCGUACCGACAUAAAGCAAACGGAUCUGCGUUUUAGGUUUGAUCUAACGCUUAAAUUGGCGUUUGAGCACCGGAUUCAACUUGAAAAGCGACGAGUAGACUGA